CGCCCCCGCCGUUUCUCUGCGCCCCGGCCUCCGCCGCGUCGGGAUGAGCCGCGCUUCCCUAUGGAGACCAAACGGGCCGAGAUCCCCAGCAGCGUCCUGGACGACCUAUGCAGCCGAUUUAUUUUGCACAUUCCAAGUGAAGAGAGAGACAAUGCAAUCAGAGUGUGUUUUCAGAUUGAACUUGCCCAUUGGUUUUAUUUGGAUUUCUACAUGCAAAACACACCAGGAUUACCUCAGUGUGGGAUAAGAGACUUUGCUAAAGCUGUCUUCAGUCACUGCCCCUUUUUACUGCCUCAAGGUGAAGAUGUACAGAAGGUUUUAGAUGAGUGGAAAGAAUACAAAAUGGGAGUGCCAACCUAUGGUGCAAUCAUCCUUGAUGAGACACUUGAAAAUGUUCUUUUGGUUCAGGGCUAUUUAGCAAAAUCUGGUUGGGGAUUUCCAAAAGGGAAAGUAAAUAAAGAAGAGGCACCUCAUGACUGUGCUGCUAGAGAGGUGUUUGAAGAAACUGGUUUUGACAUAAAAGAUUAUAUCUGCAAAGAGGACUACAUUGAGCUGCGAAUCAAUGAUCAGUUAGCACGGCUGUAUAUCAUUCCUGGAGUUCCCAAGAACACGAAGUUCAACCCCAAAACUAGAAGGGAAAUUCGGAAUAUUGAGUGGUUUUCCGUCGACAAAUUACCAUGCCACAGAAAUGACAUGACCCCAAAGUCCAAGUUGGGUUUGGCACCUAACAAAUUUUUUAUGGCAAUUCCUUUCAUCAGACCAUUGAGGGAAUGGAUUUCCCGAAGGAAUGGAGAUUCCUCAGACAGUGACAAUGGUUUUUCAUCUGCAGGGAGCACACCCUCUAAGCCCAACUUGGAAAAAGCUAGAUCCAAACUUCGCUGUAGUCAACAGGUGUUUACAGAUGGCUUUUCAGGAGAGCACUUGGUGAAGCCAAAACAGCCACAGAAGCCAUAUAAUCAUCCUGAGGUGUCUGAAGUUUUGAAAAUAAAGCAGAGUCAGAGCCUGAGGAACAAUGGCAGAAAGCAAAAUCAAGACACUUCCAGCCAAAAGAAGCGAACAAAUGGACUGCAUAGUCAACCAGUUAAGCAAAACCAUAACUUGAAAUGUGAAAAAAGGCUUAAUCCAAGAAGACUUCAAGAUAACUUUGAAACAGAAGCAGCAUACGAGAUGUGUUGCUCCAGCGAAGAUGUGCUGCCAGAACAUGUAGACGGACAUUCUGUGGCAUGCAAUGGCCAUUACAAAUUCGUUUUUUCAUCAAGAGCUUUCUUGAGUUUCAAGUUUGACCAUGAUGCCAUAAUGAAAAGUUUUGACCUCUGACAGCAAACUUAUUAUGAGUAAGAAUUAGACUUGCCUGUUGCAACGGAGGGGCUUUCUUAUCCAGCCUUACUCUUUCUCAGGAGUUUUUAAUUUUGUUUUGUUUGUUUGUUUUUGAAUGCAAUGCAGGGACUGACUGCUGGUUUGGAAAGGUUUGUUCUCUUUGCAGUAUGGGAGUGGCAUAGUCAAGUGUUGCACUUUAAAUGCAGUCUAGCCUUUGUCCACAAAAGUACCUUUCCAAUGUUCAGUUCACUUGUUCCUAGCUGUGCAUUAGAGGGCAUUCUUUUUACUUGUGGUUUUUUUUUUUUUUUUUUGUGGUUUGAAUUUUUUUUUUUAUUGUAACUUGCCGUGUGUUUCGUAGAAUGUCAUUGACUUUUUUUUAACUGUUGGAGUAUACCAGCUUGCUAACCUUUUAACUUUUCUGAUGUAAAUUAUUGGACUUGUUUGUCAUUAUUUUGUAGAACAUUGCAAUAUUACACAGUGGCAAUGAAACUAAUUCUCAGAGGACAGCUCUGUCCUAGUGAUUUUGAAACCAAGUUGCACAUUUCAAACUUAGUCUCAGCCUGUCAUCCUUUCUCUGUACUGAUUGUUUGCCCCAAAUACCUUCCCUCCUUCACACUGAUAGUUUUUGUUGGCUGGCAAUCACUAGUACUUGAGUCAAAUAUAUAGAGUGUUGACUUUUUGUACGUACUCUUCCUUGGUCUUCAAUAAUGACACUCAAACUGGGUAAAACUCAGUCUUUCAAAGUGUCUAACUUAGCUCUUGUGCACUGCCCACAGCUGCAUAAGAAGAAGUUACAAAGCAGCUGCUUGCGAAAAAAGAGAAGCUUAAACUUGUCUGUGAGAGGUAACUUGUGUAGAAUUUAUACUGAAUGUAAAUAAGCCUCUGUAGAUCUCACUGAGGAGGAGGGCAGGUGCAUGGGUGAUAGAGGCAUUGUGUGACACUGAACAGCUUAAUCAGGCUUCCAAUAACUGUUCCAAGGGUGUUCAGUAUUGUAUCCUGUGCUGUUGUCCUCAGAUAUCUUGUGUAGUGUAUCUGCUCUGUAUAUAUCCAGUAGUAUUGAAUUGCACUUGCAGUUAGCAUUUAAAUGAUUUAGCCUCAGUCAUUUUUCAGCUACACUGCUUUCUUAGGAAAAACAUGAAAGAUGGGGUGGAGAUAGAGGGGAGGAACAAAAACCUGUAAGAGUUGGGGUGAUGAGCUGUUACAUCUCCUGCAGGUCAGUGGGUUUUGAGCAUCUGUGUUGCAGUGAAGAGAAAUGCACUGAAAUCAUUUGUCACAGCAGCUUGUGAUAGCAAGCAUGUCCCAGAUUUAAAAAUGGACUUUUCUCUAGAAUAGAGGUAAUUGAUAACUUGAUAGGUUGAAUGAACUACACCCUUGUAGUGUAUCUACAUGCACUGAGUUUUUAUGCAACUCAUAUAUGUCAUCCAAAACCAAAAUCCUGGUCUUCCUUCAACCACCCUACUUCAUACACCCUACCUAGUGUUUUCCUCAGAAAUAGCUUUAGAACUUUCUCCUGGUUUAUUCACCUGCCUGGCACCAGGUGAUUUGGAACUCUAAUGCUGUAAUAAUUUUGGCCAUGGGAGCAUUCAACUUCUGUAUCAGUCAACAGGAGAAAUGGACUACAGCAUUUCCUCCUUCUGGAGGACAAGGGUUCUGAGGGCCUUGUUUUUCAAGACCAAAUUGUGAAAUAGCUCAAUCUAGCUUUGACUCACUUUUUUUUUUUCUUUUUUUUUUUCUUAAACGUAUCCAAAGGCCAUACAAUGACAAAGAAGAGUAAUUGAGAGGGUAGGAUAAUGCUGGAAAAGGUUAUGUUAUUCAGCUUCAGGUGAAAACUAAUAUUUUGUUACUUCUUUGUGCUAUUUUAGUUGAUUUCCCAGCAAAAGUGCCUUUACUCAUGGUGAGGCAGAAGUUUGUAUUAUAUCCUGAGGCUGCUACUGCCUGUGGAGCUAAUAGGACUCUCCUAAGGCAUAAUUAAAUAACGGGCUGUGGAAAUCUUUUUAUAAAUAAGUUGACUUUUCAGAUAAAUUAGUUAUAGAUAAUUUAGUGCUCUGUGAAAUAAUGGGGAUGUUGAUGAAGCAGUGAACUUGGAGCAUCUGUCUUCUGUUUGGGAAGUCCUGUCCCAGGCAAGAGGAAGUCUUUAGAACAAUGGAAGCAUGUUCUAUGAAUAGGAGAUGCUGGCUGCCCUCUGUUUACUGUGUAAUAUUUUCUUCUUAGUGAAAGCUUGGUUCAGUAUAAGAGACAUUGGUUGCUUCAUUAAGCAACCCAAAGUGAAGCUUAUACAUAUGUAAUUCAUUUUAGUAAACCUAGCCUUAAUGUGAGUUGCAAAUAAAUGUGAUAAAUAUGCAAUAACUUCUUUGUAUAAGGGUACAGUUUCCUUUAGUAGCAUUGCUUUCUGCUUUCAUAGUAAGGUUUAUCCUAAAACUAUGUAAAUGUGGUGGCAUGUGAUCCACUUGGUGGGCUCCAACGUGCCCUGCACCAUGAACCAUUUUGUUUACUGUUGUUUAUGUUCUUAUUUCACCAUCCCUUUAUAAUUGUAUUUCUAAGUUUAGAAGUACUGUUUACAUUAUCUUCCAUAAAACAGUGAAGAAAUACUGCAAGUGAGAUACAGGCUUUAGUUCUGUGAGUUUUUACUUUACAGGAACUAGACACAGGGAAAUAGGAACUGUAUGCCUGUCCGACUCGAGAGCUGGUGUUGAGAUACUUGAAAAACAAACACUGUCAAUUUGAGAAUGCUGCCAUGUUAGGGGUUAUUCAUAUAAUAAACGGUCAGUCAGUGUUCUUGGAAUCAACGUGCAGAGUAAACAAAUAUUUAGCCAAAAUCCUACAGCCGUGUGGUGCUAGGAAUCUGGUACUAGUGUGCAGUUUCUAGUACUACAUCAUCUCCCUGCUUUAGCAUAAGGUUUUUAGCAUGUCUUCUCAAAAUGCUUCUAUACUUUCACCUUGGACUGAAGAAUGGCCUGCCCAGUUAGUUAAGUGACUGAAGUGCUGCUGACUUCAGCUCCUUGAUGUACAUCAAUCAUCUAGCUUUUGAAAGUAACUGUGUUUUGCAUAGUUUGAAGUCUGGCAACAGUGAUUCUGGGAAGGAGAGGGGGGAAAUAGCUUUACUUAUUGCACAGAGUAUUAUUUUUUACCACAAUGUAAAUUCUUUAGACCAAACAUGCAUAAAUUGUUUCUAAUGAACUUUUGGGCCUAAUCGCUGUUCCAGGCUUCUGUGCUGUGUCAACCUUCCUGAACUAAUUUGGUGAUUUGAGAACAAUACUUAGUGAUUUUCUUUCACCUAACUGUGGCAGUUACAGAUGUAACAGUUCCUUUUAAAAACAAGGCAGGCUUCGGGUCUGGCUACUUCUAACAUACUUGCUCUCAGAUUGUAAUUUCAGAUAAGAACACAGUUCUUCCAACCUUUACUUAAUGUGGUGAUUUGCUUUUGCACUCAUGCCAUUAUGGUGUGAAAAGCAAAGAGUCUACAUUAAGAAUCCAAACUCCAAUAUCCUGUGGUGCAAGACAGCACUGCUGCUCCAGGGGUAACUGACUGCCCUGGGGUCAGUGGGUUGCUUAAUCCUCAGAUACUUGGGGUUUUGUUACAAAUUCUGAGCAACAGGUUUCUUUUCCAGAGGUAAAGCCAGGUGCCUUCAUGUUUGAAGUUAGGAGGUUAUAUUCUAAAUGUGUUAGGAAGCUCAUAGUUACUGAGAAUUAGUAGAAUAGUCUCUCUUGUUGAUACUGAUUUCUGUAAAUAAACCAAUUUUAAGUCUUGCACUGUAAAUGUUAAAUAAUCUGGUGCUUAUACACAACUUCAUAAUUUCAAAUUGUUUUUUGUUAUUACAAUAUUUCAGCUUUUGAAACAACCAAAAUUAUUUCAGAUAUGGUAAAUUUAUACAAACUAACUGAAGGUGCUUUUACAGUAAAUUAGACUUAGAAACUCUUCCGUAAUAGGUUUUUGUUCAUAUGCAUUUAUAGCAAUAGUGUAGUCAAGAAUGGAAGUAGGCUAAAUGCUAGUAUUUGCACUGUUCUUAAUCCCAUACGUAAGCACUGAUAGAUGCAGUAGGUUUUGUGCUGUGUGUGCAUUUCACUUUUUCAUGUAGCUUGUGAACUUAAAAGGAAGUCAACAUUAAACAACAAUGACAUUGGCCACAUUCAAGAUUGUACCAGAGGAACUAUUCCAGAUUGGUAGCAGUAUAAUGAAACAAAAUACGUGGGGUGUGUCUUUCCAUUGAAAAUAUUAGGUUUAGCAAGACGUAACUUUUUGUACAGAUUCAGCUUUACAGAAACUCUUCUCUUUAAAUUGUUCUCAGCUCUGAGUGCUUUUGGGAAGUCCAAAGUGGCUUUGGGUCCUCCUUCAGUUCUUCCAGGAAAAAACAAGCUUCCUUUUAAGUAACAGCUAACAUUUCAUAGAGUACAGAAUGUUUAAAUUUGGAAAGGUCUCUAUGGAUUUUACUGAAAACAGAGUGUUUUGUAAUUUCUAAGCAUUUAUUAUCAGAAGAACUAGCUUCUUGUUUCCAGUAUAGGUUACAGUUCAGUGCCUUUAAGAAAAUGAUUACAGCUCAUAGAGCAUUAAUCAUUUUAAAAUAAGGCAUUCAUAGCUUUUUGAGAAAACACAUCUUGCAAACACAGUUCUCUAUGACACAUUUCCAAUGGUGAGAAGAACUUUGCAAAUUUUUUUAAGCAUGUUUGAUCAAACUUACUAAACUGUGGGGAUGAAAUUUGUAUCUUACUGGUUGGAUACAUAAUUUUGUUAUGCAGAACAUAUACGGAAAACUGCAUGAUUAAGAGCUCUCAGCAAAUACUUCUCAUGACAAUACUUGCAACAGAACUUUACUGUGUCUGCAUGGCACUGCACUAUGUGGAAGUUUAACUUCAUCCGUGAGGAGCAGUUUAGCUGGGUUUGCAAGGCACUUUUACCAUUAAAAAGCAAAACAGACCCCCAGAAGGUGUGGGGUUGUUAAUUCAGGCAGAAUGCUUGAUCAGUGUUCAUGUUCCAGGACUCAGACUUGGGUAUUGCUUCCAAACAAUGACACUUUUCAGGGCAGCGCUGCAUGCCUCGCAGAAAACGGGAGCCAGUGCUUUGUGGUGUGGCUCAGGCAUGAAGAGUUAUGUCUUCCUCCUGUUUGUUAAAGAUCAAGAACUUGAUCUGUUUUCCUCUGUGUGUAAGUGGCACAUCGGUGCUCAUUAAGUAGAAAGUAAGUACAGCUAAAGAGUUAAAAUUAUUACAGAUUUUAUACAACUUCCAUUAUGUUCUUUUGAAGAAAGUUUGCAUUAGUCAGCUCUUCAGUUGUAUUAAGCAGAAUCUGUAACUACCUGUAACAUCUACUGUACUGAUUAUUGUGAUUUUUUGUUAUAAAUUGAUUCAAAACUGAAGCACACCAUUUAGGAGACUAUAACUAAGUUAACAUUUUCUUCUAUAUUGUUAUUUUUUCCUCUGUAAAAUUAAAUUACUUUAUAAAUAAACAAACGUAUUGAAGUACUGAA